AGGGCAGCGACUAAAGGUGAAAGUACAGAAUGUUGCAUCAGUAAGGUUACAUUUUAAUCGAAUGUGACAAGUCUUAGAUCACGCGCUGCUCUGGAUUGGUUCAGUUCGGGAGAUACCCGGAUUGGGGACGGACGGUGCACUCUACCGUGGAAGACGUCGGCAUGGAUGUUUUGACAGACUCUGACGUGCAAAAGUACCAGGAUGAUGGCUACCUGGUCCUGGAGGGCUUUCUGACGGAGGCUGAGUGUGACUCUCUGCGGGCACGGAUGAAAGAUAUCGUGGAGCAGAUGGACGUUCCACCACACUGCCGUAUACAGUUCUCCACAGAUCAGAAGGAGCAGCUGAAAUCCCAGGGAAGUGCUGACUAUUUCAUCACAAGUGGAGAUAAAAUCCGUUUCUUCUUUGAGAAAGGAGUGUUUGAUGACAAAGGUGAAUUUAUUGUCCCAAGAGAACGUUCCCUGAACAAAGUUGGGCAUGCUCUGCAUGCGUAUGAACCACUAUAUGAAAGGAUCACCCAUUCAGAGAGAGUCCAGGGUUUGGCAAAGAAGUUAGGACUGCAGAGUCCCGUCAUCCUGCAAAGCAUGUACAUAUUCAAGCAACCAGGCAUAGGAGGAGAGGUGACACCGCACCAGGACGCCACGUUCCUUUACACUGAGCCGCUGGGUCGGGUCAUCGGUCUGUGGAUCGCUCUGGAGGACGCCACACUCGAGAACGGCUGCCUGUGGUUUAUUCCGGGAUCACAUUCCAGUGGGAUCAGCCGGAGGAUGGUGCGGACUCCUAAAGGAACCUUUCCUCUGACGGAUUUUGUGGGUCGUGAGCAGGAGUAUGACGACAAGCUCUUUGUUCCUACACCCAUCAAGAAAGGUGGCUUAAUUUUGAUACAUGGAGAGGUGGUGCACCGCAGUGCUCAGAACAGCUCCUCUGACUCACGUCAUGUCUACACUUUCCACAUGAUGGAUUCUCGUGAAACUCGCUGGAGUCCCGAGAACUGGUUACAGCCAACAGAGGAGCUGCCAUUCACCCCACUGUACACUUAAUGAUUCAUACGCAACUGUUACACCAUGCAGCUUCAGUACACUCACCAACCUCAGGUGCUACCAACAGAACCACUAGACAAAUUAUGCACACAAAAUUGCCAGACAGAUUGCCCACACACAUUGUUAUAGAGUCAUACUCAUAUCCUCUAUGUCAUAUGUGAAUAAAAGAUUCUUUUUUUGAGAAA